AUGCCUCGCAACCUCGCAAAGAAAGCAGCAAAACAACAAUCGCGUAUAGCAGCACUCAAUGCAUUGGGUACACCCGCUUCCAGUCGUGCCGCUUCAGAAGACGAAGACGAUCUCGAUGUAGGAUCAGAGGCCUCAUUUGGUACCGUCGAUUCCACCUCUUUACUGGAUGAAUCUACUCUUGAAGACGAAUUACGACGAGCAGUGGACGAUCUUGGUGAAAAAAGGACGAGUACACGAGAAACAGCAUUGACCAAGAUCAAUCGUUUGCUUGCCAACCAUUUUUGUGGAUCUAUUUUUGAGGCGAAUGCAUCUCGUCAGGAGGCGUUAUUACAGCUACUCGUACGAUCAUUACGUAAACCUGGUACAGCCCAAGAAGCCAUCCUAGCUGCCAGAGGCAUCGGUUUGACAUUUAUCAGCGAAGGCGACAUUGAAGCGGGUGAAAUUGAAGACUUGUUUGGGAUGGUGUUGAAAUUACUCAAGAACAGCAUCAAUACUUCAACGGAUCCGCAGCUCAAGUGUCAGUGCAUAGAAACCCUCGCCAUGGUUACCUUUAUUGCCGCAUCGACAUCGGAUACAUGUGGUGGUAUGGAUUACUUUUACAACAUCUUGGUCACGGAUGGCGAAUGCAUUCAACCCGAUGACAAGCUUUCGCAAAACGACAUGAAUCCAUUACUAUACGCCAGUCUACGAGCUUAUGGUUUAUUAUUUGCAUCCAUCUAUGGAGAUGCACGUGGAAGUUGGGAGGAUGCUUUUGAUGAGUCACAAGGGGUCAUGCCAGCUCAUCUUGACUUGCUGCAAUCAGGAUCCAAAGAUAUACGUGUGGCUGCAGGUGAAAAUGUUGCGCUCAUGUUUGAAUGUGUCAAUGUGACCAAGCGGAUGUUUGAUCAAGAUGUUGAAGAUGAAGACGAAGAUGAAAUGCCUGAAUACGGCGAGAUGGAUGAAUUAAGGGACAUGUUACAACGAUUAGCCACCGACAGCAAUCGACGCGUCAAUAAGCAAGAUCGCAAGGAGCAAAAGAGCGCAUUCCGUGACAUUGUAAGAACCGUGGAGGAUGGUACUCGUCCCAAUCAGAAGCUCAAAAUCGGUGGUCGAGCAUUGUAUUUCCGUGGCUGGGCAAAGAUCAUUGAGCUCGCUGCUUUCCGAAAUUUCUUGGGUUCUGGUUUGGCACGACAUAUGCAGGACAAUGAGUUACUAGCAGGCGUCUUUGGCAGUGGCCGUAAUCUUCAAGUACCACCGGAUUCGGAAUCCAGUAGUUCGGAAGAAGAGGCAGGGCAAUUGGACAUAGACCUAGAAGCUGAUAGAGGAUUUUCGCAAUCGGUCGUUUCCAAACGUGAACGAGCACGCAAGAUAAAGAUGGAUAAAAGACGUUAA